AUGCAGGCCCUGUUCCUCCUGGUGAUCCUUCUCUUGCCUCCCGAAGCUGGAGCUGAAGAAAUCAUUGGUGGUGUUAAGUCGAAGCCUCAUUCCCGCCCCUAUAUGGCCCAUCUGAAAAUCAGUAGUGGAGGUUAUACUUACAGCUGUGGUGGGUUUCUCAUAAGUCAACAAUUUGUGCUGACUGCUGCUCACUGCAAAGGAUGGAAAAUUAUUGUCAUUCUUGGAGCUCAUGACUUAACACAGGAAGAACACACGUGGCAGAAGCUGGAAGUCACAAAACAAUUUGUUCACCCAAAUUACAAUCCUUUUAAAAAUCUCAAUGACAUCAUGUUACUGAAGCUGCAAAGCAAAGUCACGCUGACCCACUCAGUGAACACAGUUCCCCUGCCUACUGCAUCCACUUUCAUUCAACCUGGGAGAAUGUGCCGGGCAGCUGGCUGGGGGAAAACAGGAGUGCUGGAGCCGACAUCAGAUAUUCUCAGAGAGGUGAAGCUGAGAAUUAUGCAUGAAAACGCUUGUGACCACUAUCCAGCUUUUAAUAAUAACUUGCAACUCUGUGUGGGCAAUCCUAGGAAGAUAAGAUCAGCAUACAAGGGUGACUCUGGGGGACCCCUUCUGUGUGCCGGAGUGGCCCAAGGAAUUGUGUCUUAUGGACGUUUCAACGCGCAGCCCCCUGCUGUCUUCACUCGCAUAUCUCCAUAUGUGCCCUGGAUUAAGAAAAUCCUAAAUAAAAAGUAUCUGAGAGGCACUGCCAUCCUGAGAGAGAGUCCCCAAACCUGAGCUCUCCCUGCCCCCAGCAGGCGUG